CGCGUCUGGCCGGGCCUGAUGCCGUCAUGCGCCAGCAACACAAGCGACCCUCAUCCAUCGCCCCUCGACAGCCCUCACAACACCAAAGUAGCGCAACUUCACAUUUGCCGGGCACUCUGCGGCAAUCUUUCAAACCGCCCCCGAUGCGCCGGUGAUUGCGCCCAGCGCACGAACUGACGAGCUGGCAGGCGCCAUGCUCUCCGCAUUCACAGCUCGACCCAUCAUCGAGCUCAAGCAACGAGACAAGUCCAAGAUCGAGUCCAUUCUCGCCUACGGUGACCGCGUACUCGUUGGUCUAAAUACCGGCUCCUUACGUAUCUACCGGGUCAACGACCCCUCGACACCUCCUCCGACCGAUUCCCAGCCUUCCGAGAACCCAUCGGCCUCUCAGGCUGCUCCCGAGGACUCCGGCCGCGCCACAACUACAACGGCCGCACAAGAUGGCCAGCCAGCGCCCAAGCCCGCCGCAGCCAAGCCCACCGACCUUCUCCGUGAGGUGGAGAGAUUCUCGACACGCGCCAUCGAACAGCUAGCCAUAAUCAAAGAGGCUAACACACUUGUGUCGCUCUCCAACUAUGCCGUCUCCCUACACGACCUUCAGACUUUGGAGCCAAUCGAGGCUCCGCUGGCCCGGACCAAGAAUGCCUCCGCCUUUGCCGUGACGAGCAACAUCAUCAAGGACCCCGCCACGGGAAUCCCAGAGAUCAUCUCGCGGCUGGCCGUUUCCGUCAAGCGGCGUCUCCUGCUUUGGUCAUGGCACGAGAGUGAGCUGUCCCCCGACGUCACCGAGAUCGUGCUCCCCGAGUCGAUCCGGUCCAUCACUUGGGCCAAUGCCACGAGGCUCGUCUGCGGCAUGAACAGCGGAUAUGCCAUGGCCGACGUCGAGACUGGCAACGUAGAAGACAUUGUUGGGCCGGGCGCCAUCGGCGGUGCCGCAGGCGGGCAGGGCCGCUUCGGUGCUGUCAGCGCUGCCGGCAUGGGGUACAUGGGCCUGGGUGGUUAUAUGCCGAAGCCCCUGUCGGCCAAACUCGCAAAUGGAGAGCUGCUGCUCGCCAAGGAUAUCAACACCUUGUUUAUUGACGACUCGGGAAAGGCCCUCGAGAAGCGGCAGAUCCCCUGGCAGGCCGCACCAGACUCGAUUGGGUACAGCUACCCAUACAUCUUGGCUCUUCAACCGCCGGCGAAGGGAAGCCUAGAGAUCCGAAACCCGAACACACUCACGCUUUUGCAGAGCAUUGCCCUCCCCGGCGCCGCAGCGCUCCAUUUUCCACCUCCAACAGUCAGCCUGGCGCACGCCGGCAAGGGAUUUCAUGUCUCGAGUGACAGGGUUGUGUGGAAAAUGGACGCUACCGACUAUGAUACCCAAGUCGAAGAGCUCGUCAGAAGUGGCAAACUCGACGAGGCAAUCAGCGUCCUCGACAUGCUAGAGGAUGCAUUGCUCAAGAACAAGAGAGACACCUUGCGGGAGGUCAAGAUGCAAAAGGCCGAGCUGUUGUUCCGCCAAAAGAAGUACCGCGACUCGAUGGACCUGUUCAAUGAGGACGAAGUCGAUGCUCCGCCAGAGAGAGUUUUGAAGCUGUUCCCCAAGAUUAUCGCAGGCGAUCUAUCCGGGGCCGAGGAAGAGAAGCACGACGAAUCCGAGCAGGAGAGCGCGAACGGGAAGACGAGCAGCGAGCAGGAAGCAAAGCCCGAUGCCGCGGAAAUUGCGUCGCCAUCGAGAGCUGGCGGGUUUGCCAAGUACCUCAUGGGGAGUCGAAAGCUCAACCCGGAGACCGCAUCCAUCGCCUCGUCGAAGAAGGGCUCCGACGAUGACACAGCCAGCAUCAAGGGAAAGCCGCAGGACGACCAGUCCCAGGCGGAGAAGGACCUUAUGGCCUCGGUUCUGGCCCUCAAUAGCUAUCUCGCCGGCGCUCGCACCCGGCUCCAGCGCGUCAUUGACCCGACCACCGGCAAGCUCAAACCCCGUAAAUCCCAGUCCGGCUCGACCGAAGAGGCCUUCAAGACUCUCCUCCUCUCUUCCCCGGACGAGGGCGACGAGCAGCUCGAGCGUGCCCUGCAGUCGACCUUCCGGAUCAUUGACACCGCCCUCUUCCGCGCCUACAUGUACUCGCGCCCCACGCUGGUCAGCUCGCUCUUCCGCAUCCCCAACUUCUGUGACCCGGACGUGGUCAACGAGCGCCUGCUCGAGCACAACUGCUUCAACGAGCUCGUUGACUUCUUUUACGGCAAGAAGCUCCACAGCCAGGCGCUUUCCUUGCUCCGUCGAUUCGGCAGCCCCGACGAGCCCGACGAGGCCGCGCCCGGCUUGCACGGCCCGCGGAGGACCGUCAUGUACCUGCAGGGUCUGCCGCCAGAGAUGAUCGACGUGAUUCUCGAGUAUUCGGAGUGGACGCUCCGGAAAGACCCAGAGCUGGGCAUGGAGGUGUUCCUUGCGGACUCGGAGAACGCCGAGACGCUCCCGAGGGACAGGGUCGCCGCGUUCCUAGGCGGCAUCGAUCCGAAGCUGGAGAUCCAGUACCUCGAGCAUAUUAUUAACGACCUAAACGACCGGACGCCGAACUUUCACGAUCGACUGGUCGAGCUGUUCAUCAAGCAGCUGGUAGGCAAGGAGGAGAGAGGGGAGGAGCGGGACGCUCUCAUGGAACGAUUAGUUAGCUUCUUGAAGGAGAGCGAGCAGUACGGUUUGGGCAAGGCGAGAGCUCUGAUUCCUAAAGACGACCCCCCGUUUUACGAAGCGCAAGCCGUGGUACUCAGCAAGAUGGGCCAGCACAGACAAGCACUUAUGAUCUACGUCUUUAAGAUGCAAGACUAUGCUAAAGCCGAAGAAUACUGCAAUCGCAUUCACAAAACUCAGCAACCUCCCCAGCAGACUGCGACGGCUGACCGCCACAAUGUCACUCAAGAUCCUAGAACCAAUCAGCCCGCGACCGCCGAGGAACAGCCUUCCAUCUACCACACUCUCCUCUCCCUCUACCUCAAACCCCCGCCAGAAUACAGCCCUAACCUGGCGCCCGCUCUCGACCUCCUCUCAAAACACGGCUCGCGCCUGCCGGCGACGUCCACUCUCUCCCUCGUGCCCGAGACCCUCCCUGUGGCACAGCUCGAGUCCUACUUCCGCGGCCGCAUGCGCAGCGCCAACAGCGCGGUCAACGAGGCGCGCGUCGUGGCCGGCCUGAGGAAGACGGCGCUCUUUGCGAGCCAGUCUCUCCUGUAUCUGGGGGAUGGGAUACCCGGCGGGCAGGGCGGGCGGAACCGGCGGGUGGUGAUUGGGGAGGAGAGGGUCUGCGGGGUCUGUCACAAGCGGAUCGGCGGGAGCGUGGUGGCUGCCAUGCCGGAUAACGCAGUCGUGCAUUAUGGGUGUUUGGGGAGGUCUGCGGCCGCCACGGCGAGUCCCGGCGUCAACGGGGUCAGACACGGGUCGUCCAGGGCCAUGUCGCCUGCUGGGGAGAGUGUGAGGUCCGGAUACGGGCAAUGGGGUGGCCGGGUGAGUGGUUGACCAUGUCAUAUAUGAGUAUAGCGCCCCUCGGCUUUCUAGUGGGUUUAUGGGACGGUGACGCAUUUUGAUGGUGGAUAUCCAAGGGGUUGAGAUCCAAGGGGUUGUUGUAGUAGCACCGGGCGCACCCCCCCGCCCCAUCGGAUGAAUCGGGAUGAUUUUGUCCUCUGUCGAGCCUC